AUGCCCGCCGAGUCCAGGCGGAACCCCGUCAUUCUGCGACUCCAUAACGAGUCUAUCUAUUCGACCGAGUUCUUCGCUGGUAUCGAACGAAUAUCUCCAGACAUGAUCGGUAACUAUAUCGCUAAUUUCAACACAAAACCAGGCGACUAUCUCGGAAUUCCGUCUGAGGCAUCCAAUGACAGCCGCUCGCAGAGCUCAACGCAGGCUGCUGUUUCGUCGCCUUACUUUUUAGACUUCCGGCGAGAGACGAUGGCUGGUCGAUCUGGAACCAGGAUGGAUUCGCAACGGACUGCCGGUGAGGGUGCAUCCCCAUACAGUUUAGGCGUCAGUCGACAAUCCCCAGGCGUGCCAGAGAUGACGAUGGAUGAGAUCGAGGGACAUGCUUGA